GAGUGAGCCGAGUGUCGUGGGAACAUUUGUGUUUGAAAGUAACGGACGUCCUGUCAGCAUGUCUCCUCUUUUUCAGGCUUCAUCACUUCCUCUUCGCCAACUGAGGCUGAUGGCAGGAUUUUCCUCACACACGCACGUGGAGUCUGAAUGGACACACUGAUGAGCAGUGGUUUUUGAGCUCAUGAAAUUUGUUAGAAAAGAAAAGGGCAACCAGAGAGCACAUACUGUACUUCCGCCCAGGUGGUGCAGGAUGACAAAUGUCAGAAUAACAACUUUCAUGUUGGUUGGAGGUCUUUGUCUUCUCCUUCUCCAUUUCUCCAGAGAUCAUAUUGCUGUCAGAUCCAUCGGUUUUCAAGUCAAACAGAAAAUAUAUGUCACUGAGAAGAAACCGUCUACCAUUAAGAACACAACUGUAUAUUUAUGGCCAAAAUGUAAAGAAAAUAUAUCUGCUGAGAGCAUCAAAGGCUUCAGUUCUCUCCCUAAAAACAUCCAGGACUUUCUUUACUUCCGUCACUGUCGUCAUUUCCCCAUGCUAUUGGAUGUUCCUGAUAAAUGUGGAGGUGCCGACAGCUCUUCAGGUGUUUUUUUUCUACUGGUCAUUAAAAGCUCCCCAGCAAACUAUGAGAGACGGGAGGUGCUACGCAAAACCUGGGCAAAAGAGAGAUUACACAACGGUGUGUGGAUCAGACGGAUCUUCAUCUCAGGAACCUCAGAUGUUGGUUUUGAGAAUGUGAGGCUGAACAAGCUCCUCAAGCUGGAACAUCAAGAGUACAAUGACAUUCUUCAGUGGGACUUUUACGACUCCUUCUUUAACCUCACCUUGAAGCAGAUCCUCUUCCUGGAAUGGAUGGAAAGAAACUGUCCACACGCCCGCUUUCUCCUGAAUGGUGAUGAUGAUGUCUUUGCCAACACGGACAACAUGAUGGAUUUUCUCCAAGGUCUCAAAGACAAUAAUGGAGACAAACACCUAUAUAUAGGACACCUGAUUCAGAAUGUGGGACCAAUUAGAGAUCCAGGGAGCAAAUAUUAUAUACCAGUUCAGGUGCAGGAGUCAGAGUCAUACCCUCCCUACUGUGGAGGUGGAGGCUUCCUCCUGUCUGGUUACACAGCUAUGGUCAUAUACUCUAUGUCUCAUUCCAUUGAGCUUCUUCCCAUUGAUGAUGUCUAUUUGGGGAUGUGUGUAAAGAAAGCAGGACUUUCACCAGUUUCCCAUAUGGGUGUAAAGACAGCAGGACUCCACAUUCCCUCAAAAAACCAAGAUCAAUAUCACCCCUGCUACUACAAGGAAAUUCUUCUUGUGCACAGAUUCCUUCCACAUCAGAUAUACAUUAUGUGGCAGAGAGUACAUGAAGCUAAUCUCAGAUGUGGACAUUCAAAGACAUUGAAAUAAUUGCUAGAUUUAAAAAACAAAAAGCACACAGGUAGUGACAAACCUGUUUGCACUUUACUUGCUGAAGAGUCACAUUUCUUUUACAGACAGAAAGAUGUGAUCUAUUUUUAAAAAGUGCGUUCAUUCUAAGAGUUCCUGUUGUGCACAAACUCUUUUAAAAUCUUUCAAACUUAUGUAAUAUUUAGGAUUUAUGUUAAACAUCCUCAAAAGUCCUGCAGGUGUCAUCCUGUGUGUGUAGAAACACCCACGUAUAAGCAAGAUGUUGCUUUGUGAAAGCAUUUGCUAACUUUGCUUACUCCUGUGCACAAAAGGAAAAAAAAACUUGCAACAAGAAUACAAACAUAGCUGGUCUGCCAUCUGGUGGUGGUCACACAGUAACAACACAAACACAGAUUAGAGUUUGACCAAAAUCUGGAUUUUUGGAGGGCAGGUACGACACUGUUCUUAGGGCUAAAAAAAAAAAAAAAAAAAGAUAUAU